AUGGACCACAACCGAUCCCCUUCCUACGCCUUUGGCGCGCGUGCGAACCGUCGCGCUUCUACUCAAUUGACUAUCGACGAAGAGGGCCGGAAACCGCUGUUCUCCAAAUCGUCGAGAGAGAGCCUCGAACCCCCCAAUCCCGCCCAGACGUUGACAGCAUCCCACCGUUUUGGGUACUCACCUACGAACAAUAACAAUCCGACUGGUCGCCCACCUUCACGAGCCGCGAUUCCUCGCCCAUCGAGCUCUGCUUCGCAGACUCCGUCAAUUAACUCCAACCACUCCGUCGAGAUCAUUUCCCCGGGCUCUCGUAUACCACGGCCCAAGUCGGUUGGAAUGUUUGCCAAAGGGACAGGUGCUUCUGUUGCCAAAGCCUGGGAGCUGGCCGACGAAAACCGCGUGCACACUCUUGAGCGGGCGCGCAGAGCCUCUCCGGCCAUUGAUGCGUCCCCCAGUCCGGCCCCGCGGCCAUACAUAACCCGGCAGACUCAUGACGAAGCCAGAUCACGACGAUCUUUGGGCAAAGAUGCGGUUGAUUAUUCGCGUCCCAGACCUCUCUCAAGAUUGUCCAACGAUUCUUUGCGCGAUAACUACGUGGCGCGGUAUGGAGGUAGCCCCGGAUCGCAGAACAGCUUCUCUAGCUCUGAAAGCUUCGACCGCCGACUUACUCAAUACGAGCGCGAGAUGGAACAGACACCACGAGAGCCGGACAACCUCUUUGGCAAAGCUGUAACGGGACCCAGGAUUGCCGAGACUGGUCAUACUUUGGCAAGGCGAACCAGCAGCAGCAGCCUGAACACGGCACAGAGCCUGGGUCGGAGGGUGAGCAACAGUAGCUUAAACGGCGGCCAGAACUUGGGUAGGAGAACAAGCUACGGCAGCCUGGGCGGCAGUCCUCGCCCACCGGCCUUCGCCAAGAGCCAUGUUCCAGAAGGCCGGAUCAAGGAACUGUUGCAGCAGGAUGAAAUGGGUAUCAAGCGAUCCAUCAGCACGACUUCAACUGCAGCCGACACGCCACUCCCCUCUACCGAAGCCGCCGUCCUUCCACAGGAACCUACCCCACCGACAUCUCGGCCGCCUUCUGCGAAUCACGAACCGUUUUCACCUGAGAAGAGUUACGCCUGGCAGCUGGACGCCGAUUUCACGGCGGGAGACUUGCAGAUUUCCGACAGCCCGCGCAUAACAAUGGCCGGCACGGCAUUCGGCGAAGUCGCGAACCGUCGAAACAUCAGCAGCAGCAGUAGCCCAUACGCUGAUGACCAUAGUAGUCCUGCUGCCCCAAAAACCAAUGGGCCUUCCAGCCGGGAGUCGUCAAUCGGGGCUGCUACUAGACCUGGGCGGUCAAACAAUAGAAUUGACUUGAUUCGCCAGCGGGAAGAACAGGCCGAUGCAGAGCUUGCUGAGCAGCGGAAGCGACAGUCACUCGUUAGAAACACAAGACUGCAGGGAAUCAGCGAGAGGGAGGCCGUGGCCGAAGAUCAGAUGGGCAAGCAAUCAAGGGCGCAGCUACAUUCAUACUACCCAACUCCCGACGACGACCUACCGGUGCACGAUGAGACAAAAGAGCAGUCCCAGCCAAAAAACACGAAACUAGACACCAUACGAGCACGAGAAGCGGAGUCUCUGUCGAAGAAGGCCAUGGCUUCCAGUCGACUGGAGGAGAUUCGGGAGCAUAACUCCAUGUCAAAGUCUUUGUCGCCAGAAAGUCGGCGCAGCAACGAACACGCCAGGAAUUCGGCACCUUCUCUUGAGGAAGAUCGAGAAGAUUCGGAACUAGCGGAUGAGGAUGGUGAACAUAUACCCGAUACGCCCGUCACUAUCUACCGCAACAAUCUGGCUUCCAAGGACAGUAAGUCGCACGACACGUCACCCAAGGAUACCCGGAAGGACCUGGGAAGCCCAAAAUUUACAAGGCCUCAGACGGCACACAGGAGGGAGGACUCGAGGGACUUACUUCAGAAACUUUCGAGAGCUACUAGCAGUAGUCCUGCUCCCGAUACUCGAGGUCCGACAACGACCAUAGACCAGGCGAUGAAGCCUCACGUCGAUGAUGGUCAGAAACCAAAGGCGUUUGAAGAAGACAAGAUCGGCCAACGUGACUACGCAAGUCUUCAAAGCCACCAACGGGGCAAAUCCGAAGGUGAGAAACCGAAGGCGAUUGGCGAGGAUAAUAUCGGCCAGCGUGACUACGCAAGUCUCCGAAGCCACCAACGGGGCAAAUCCGAGGGCGGGAUCCAGGGCACGGUGGCUGCGGCGGAUACACAAAAAGAAGCUACGGAACAGGUCGCCAUGGAACCCGAAAUCCGGCGCCGCUGGAGUGAGCGCAGAAGCGAACGUAGGAUGGAGCGCCAAACCGACCCCCAACGCGAACGAACGGUGGUCCGAGAGCCCGAGUCGAGGGUUGAUCUGCCACAGCCCAGUCACAAAGAUAGCGAAGCCCCUGAGCCUGCUCAUGCUGGGAUCAUCAGCGAACCUCAGCUUAGUCCGACGGAUGGACCAAAGCCAUCGGAAACUGAAGAGAGACCGAAGUUUGCCGCGGGGUUUGGCGGGCGACGUCGAGACCUUGGCCAGCGCUCGACCGACUCUGCUAAGGACAGUCGGAAGAGCAUGGCUUCAUCGGACGGCGAUCCCACCGAGCGGAUCGCACAAGAGAUGAAUCUCUUUGCGGCUGCCGACGCACUAUCCGAACGAGGAUCGAGAGCACCGUCGGCAGCGCCUUCCACCGAGGAUGAGGAUAAGGACCUCCUAGCAGGCGAAACUCCCCGACCUACCAAGGUUGACCCGAUGUCCCUUCCUACGCCCAAAGUAACGGGCGCUUUCGUUGAGACACCCGCGACGACCCGGACCGAACGGGUCGAAGAAGACAUCAAGCCCUUGAUGAGGCCGGAACCGACGUCAGAUGCAAGCCACGGCAGACCACCAAGUCGCAGAGGCUCACGUCCUUUGUCAGGAGCACCGUCCUUUUCCAACAUAAACGAAACAGGUUCCGGAUCAAACAGUCGUGAAGUACAGAAGAAAGAGUCCGAAGGAACGACUACGACCUCGGUACUACGACGCCGCAACAGGUCAACCUCUCGGCCUCGGCCCCCCUUGACCAAUUCGGUCAAACCGCCAACUGUGAAGGAUGACCUCCUUGAGCUUCAGCGCAGACACCAAAUUGAGGACUCCACUCUGGACGACUUUGAAGAAAUGUUUAACUUGGAGAAACUUCAAAACGCGCCCUCCCCCGCGAUCGAGUCUAUGCUUGACGAGAUAUCAAUCAAGAGGGAGGAAGUCGCUGCCAAGCCGAACCUGACACAGACCGAACGGGAUCGAGAGCUGGAACAGUACGAUAGAAUGAGGAAGGCACUGACAGACGGACUUCAAAACAUACGUACGGCCAAACAAGGCAUCGAACGCUUGGAGGGGCAGGUUGCUCACGCUGAGGGCAAACAAGGAGAAGAAAAGACGGCCACGGAGACCUCGAAGAAGCAACAUACGGAAGAAGCCUCGCACCACCGUCCCCAUCCGGAUCACGCCCGUGAUUGCCCGGACUGUGUUGACGCGCCUCUGACCAAGGAGGUCUCCUACCUUCACCUUCCCGUGCCGAGCCUCUACCAGCGCAAGCCAUUCCGCCUCACUUUCGUCGGGCUAGUCUUCCUCAUCGUCUCGUUGUGGUACGCCGCCGAGUCCGCCAUGUGCGAAGUUUACUGCCGACCAGCCUCGUGCUCCUCAACACCAUGCAUCUGGUCGUCAACUGACCCGACUUGGGGUGUUGCAAUCCCAGUGAAGUUCGACGAAUGGGCUACGAAUGGCUGGGGCCGCCAAGUUGCCAACCAGUUCUCCGAGGACGCGUCGGACUUCUUUGCAGACGCCGUGGACUUCGUUACAGGUACCGACAUCACCAACGUCGACAUGAGCACCCUCGAUUUCUACGAAAGGCGGCAACACCGCCGACGCCUCCGGAAGAAGGGACUCGCGAAGAAGUCGCCUGUGGAGUCGCCGGAGGACAAGGCGAAAUGGGACGCAUGGCACGUCGAGCGUGUGGCCAACGAGAGAGUGGAAAACGCGAGGGAAAUGGGCUACGAUAUCCGUGACUUUGACGAGGUUAUUGGGGGUGAUGAGGUGGUGUGA